CACGCAGAUACCUUUACCUUUAAUAAAUCAGAUCAAAAAAGCUAGGGUUUUAUCGAACGCAGAUACCAAAUCCACCGCCAUCAUGCCGAAGAACAAGGGAAAGGGAGGCAAAAACCGCAAGAGAGGAAAGAACGAAGCCGAUGACGAGAAGCGUGAGCUUGUAUUCAAGGAAGACGGUCAGGAGUAUGCUCAGGUGCUCCGUAUGCUAGGAAACGGCCGUUGUGAGUCCAUGUGUAUUGACGGCACUAAGCGUCUCAGCCAUAUCCGUGGUAAGAUGCACAAGAAGGUCUGGAUCGCAGCUGGAGAUAUCAUCCUUGUUGGGCUUCGUGAUUACCAGGACGAUAAGGCGGAUGUCAUCCUUAAGUAUAUGCCGGAUGAGGCAAGGUUGUUGAAGGCGUACGGUGAGUUGCCGGAGAAUAUAAGGCUUAAUGAGGGUAUUGUUGGUGGACUUGACGACGAAGAGGAUGGCGCUGGUGAUGAUUAUAUCGAGUUUGAAGACGAAGAUAUCGACAAAAUCUAGGUUUUUCAAAUUGUGAUGGAAUGAACAAAAUUGAGUCUGAGGGGAGUUGGGAAAAAUUGAUGGUUUGUGAGAAAAGAUUUAAGUUUUGUUGAAGAUUAUAUGGAACGUUUCUUUCUCUUUUGUAACGCUACUUUAAAUGGGCAAUUCUAUGCCUUGUGAUGUGAGUUGGUUGUGGAGCAAUCUUAGUGAUUAUAAACUCUAUGUGAAAAUCAUAGUUUUCUGAA